AUGGCGGUGGCAGCGAUGCUCUGCUCCGUCGUCUUUCUCACGUUCUGCCUUCUCGUGUCUAUGGCGUUGAUGGCGGGGUACUACUACGGCCAGGCGGAGCUGGUCGUCGGGCCAGGCUGCUCGCGGCUCGUGCAGAUGAACCCCUUCUUCUUCAAGGAAAUCACAGUGAGGAUGGCGGAGGAACAAUGGCCGGGAGAGAACGGGCUCAUGCUCUACGGGCUGCCCGGCGGGGCACCGCGCCUCGACGUGCCGGCUGCGUGGUCGGAGGCUCGCCGCGUCGUCGUGCCUGCCAACUCCCACCGGGAAUGGGUUUAUUUCCUAAACGCGGGGAGUCAAAUACAAGUCGGCUACAGUGUCAAGCCUUCCACUGAACUGAUUAAUCCGUUCUGCAUCAUCAUUGCGCAAGGUAAUAAAAGCUUUACUCAGUGGACAGAGAACCCAUCAGUACAUGAGACCACAUUAGCAUGGCGUUUGGUACAGGGAACUGGAACAGUUAAGCAGGCAAUCCUUUCGCCCGGCGACUAUUACGUCGCCGUGGGCAACUUACACGAUCAAGACACAACGGUGGCGCUGGAUAUCAGAGUCAUGGCCGUGCUCUACAACACCACGGGAGCAGACUACGCGUGCUCGCCGGGCAGCUCCGUUUGCACGUACAGGCUCCCGAUUCUGGGCCAGAAUGUCGCGGUUCUAUCAUCUGGUCUCAGUGAGGUGAAAUAA